AUGAGGAGGUGGCAAAGAAUUCAAGAGCUAAAGUCCCACCCGUUUGGUGAAAAGGCUUUAACAGAACACUAUGAAAUACUGACCACACUUGGCCAUGGAGGACUCGGGGAAGUAAAACUGGCUAGCCAUCUACUCACCCAGACUAGGGUAGCAGUAAAAAUUCUUCCAAAAGGCAUAAGGAACACCUUCAUCAAAUCAGAAAUUGAAAUUAUGAAAAACCUUGACCACCCGAACAUUAUUAAACUUUUGCACAUAAUCGACACCACAAAUAACGUUUACAUGGUUAUGGAACAUGCCACGGGUGGAGAGCUAAUGCACAGGAUUGUGGAAUUCGGCUACCUACCAGAAGAGGAGUUCCGGAGGCUAUUUAAACAGAGGGUAUCUGCCCUCAAGUACUGUAACAAAAAAGGGAUCGCCCACAGGGAUUUAAAACCACAAAAUAUUCUGGUGGACCACAAAGGAAAUAUAAAACUUAGUGAUUUUGGUUUAGGCCCCAAACUUCUCAUGGGACAGAGGUUGGCAGUUUUCUGUGGGACCCUCCCUUAUUGUGCCCCAGAACUGUUUGAAGGUCAAGGCUACAAUGGCCUUGCAAUUGACAUCAGGAGUCUAGGUGUUAUGCUCUACUAUAUGUCCACAGGGUGCCUGCCUUUCCAGGGAAAUACUUAUAUCAGACUGAAGCAGAAGAUCACGACAGGGAAGCAUUCUCUUCAAUUCAAGCUGUCACCAGAGCUUUGGGACAUGAUUGCCAAGUUAUUAACUGUAAACCCAGGACAAAGACCAAGAAUAGAUGACGUUGUGAGCUUUCCAAGGCUAAAGCAUGGCAGUGAAGGUUCUCCCAAUUCCUUCAGAGAGAGCCCCGACAGCCACCCAGACCCCACUGUAAUGGUCAUCACGGGUGUAACGGGAUAUAAGCAACGGGAGAUAAAGGAAGCUUUACAGGAGAAGAAGUUUGAUCAGGUGAUGGCUACCAUGUCCUUGAGGCUCAUGAGCAGCCCUGGGGGGAUACAGAGAGCAGCAGCACCUCAGAUGGAAUAUAUUCAUGAUGAUGACCAGUGGUGCCACAGUUGUGCCAACAAAGUCAAGUGCUCCGUGGAACUCAGAAAUCCUGUAAACAGGGAUCCACGGAGUGCUGGUGACCAUCAGGAAGACAAGCCUCAGAAGACCUUCCAUGCGUAG